AUGCCUUCGAAUUCGUCACCGCCAACAGAAAUUGGAUGUCCAAUACCAGCAAAUACUCCACAUGCAAUAUCAGUUACAUUACCAACAUGGCAAGAUAAUAUUGAUUAUGAAGAAGCAGUAGAUAGGGUAGUUAGUCGUAUGGAAUGUGGUUAUCCAAGGUUUUUUAUUCAUCCGCAAAUAAAAAAGUUGAUAACAGUAUGCGAUCAGAAAUUUGCAAAAUCAACAGAAACAUCUUUAUUGUUUCCAAGUCGUAAACCAACACAAAGAUGUCGAGAUUUUAUUCAUCGAUAUUAUAAACCAACAACACCACCAUUGACCUCAUCUUCGUUACAUACUCCAACACCAUGUGUCCGGUUAGCUGAGAUUACAGUUAUUCCACCUGAUAAAAUAAAAUCAUCAUUUCAUGGGAGUGUAACACUUUAUGUGGUCUUAUUUCCUAAAGAUGCAUUUCCUAUAGCAAAAUCAUAUUGGCAACAUACAGGAGAAGGUUUAAGUUCAAGAUGUGCCGAAUAUUGUUUACAUAUUAUGCAAGCUAAACAUGAUGAACAAUAUUCUAUUACUGACAAUUAUAAUGAAAAAUCUACUCCCGUUUCAGCCUCUUCAAGAAAACAUACUUUUCAUAAGCGUUAUUCUUUAAAUACACAAAUAUCAAACAUUAGUAGAGAUUCUUUUUCUAAUGAAGUAACUGGACCUAGAUCACCAACAUCACCAACUUCAUUUACUGGUUUAACAUCUACUGAUAAAUCAGCUACUGUAGAAGAAAAUUAUUAUGUGGAAGAAAGAUAUGGGCGUAAUCUUCCCAUUUCAUUUGCUGAUAAAGCUAAAAUUGCACUUAGAAGAAGGAUCGCUGGUGUUCUUGGCAUUGAAGAUCAGUAUAGUAACAAGAAUGAUGACCAUGAUAAUUUAGAUGAUGUUAUCAAUAGAAAAGUUGAGAAUGCAUGUGUUACUGAAAGAGGUGUUAAUGGUGUUACUGAGGAUGAUGUAUUUUUAUUUCCUUCUGGAAUGAGUUCAAUUUUUCAUGCUCAUAGAUAUAUUCUUAGUGGUUUUCUUCCAAGUAAAAGUAUUUGUUUUGGCUUUCCAUAUAUUGAUACUUUGAAAAUUUUGGAAAAAUUUGGGCCGGGAUGUCAUUUUUACGGAAAUGGUUCAACAGAAGAUAUUGAUCAUAUAACAGAUUUAUUAGAAUCAGGAGAAAAAAUUUUAGCCUUAUUCUGUGAAUUUCCAUCUAAUCCAUUAUGUAAAUCACCAGAUUUGAAGAGAUUAAGAUUAUUAGCUGAUAAAUAUGAUUUUUUAAUUGUAAUAGACGAAACUAUCGGUAACUUUGUUAAUGUUGGGGUAUUGGAAUGGGCCGACGUUUUAGUUUCUAGUUUAACUAAAAUUUUUAGUGGCGACAGUAAUGUCAUGGGUGGUGGGUUGGUUUUGAACCCCCAAAGAAAACAUUAUGGAAAAUUGAAACAAUUAAUAAAACAAGAUUACGAAGAUUUGGUAUGGGGUGAAGACGCUAUAUUUUUAGAAAGGAAUUCUAGAAAUUUUCGUGAUCGUAUCCUAAAGAUCAAUGAAAAUACUGAAGAAUUAUGUGAUUUCCUUUCCAAAAGUCCAAAAGUUAAAAAAGUAUAUUACCCAAAAUAUAUUACACCAGAAAUAUAUUCACAAUAUAAAAUAGAAAAGGGUGGUUAUGGUGGAUUAUUUUCAUUAACCUUUUACUCAUCAAAAGCUUCACAACAAUUUUUUGAUGCUUUACCUAUAGCAAAAGGUCCUUCUUUAGGUACAAAUUUUACUUUAGCUUGUCCUUAUACCAUACUUGCUCAUUAUUUAGAAUUAGAUUGGGCCGCCAAAUUUGGUGUUGAAGCUGGUUUAGUUAGAGUUAGCGUUGGAUUAGAAAAUAAGGAAAAGUUGUUGGAAGGAUUUCAAAAAGGAUUAGAUUCUAUUAAAUGA